AAAUAUGCUCCCAGAAGGAAAGGACAAAGAAAGUGUGGCAUGCCGUUUUUCUUCGCUAACGCUUCUCUAGCGCCUCUGUGUCGUUAAGCGACUGAAGUUCCGCAAAUUUGUGUCGAAUAUUGCAAGCGUUGAAGUGGCGAAGGUCUGCCCUUUGUAUUCGCGAGUGUGUCGCGUGGAACCGUUUUUAUUUCUUUUCAACAAACCCGAGAUGAAUUGAAGUGAAUCCCUGAAGGUGGAUGAAAUGAUCGGCCGAUUGAAGAAUUAACGGCUUCUAGUACGUUUAUCAUGAAGUUUUUAAGGUGAUGUGAACAAAAGAGUGGCUAAAACAAAGUCGUAGGAAAGUCUAUCUGCCGUAACCGAAAAGGUUGAGGGAAAAAAAUUGCGAGCGAUUUCGUUACAUUCGUUCCUACGAUUUUUUUCUUCUCUCCGCCGCUGCAGUCGCGGCGGUGUGUGGCGGCGGGUGUGCGCUUGACGUUUAUCUCUUCUCCCUGCCCCGCGAGUGUCGAACGGUGUUCGCGAUUUGGAGGCCCAGCAGUGUGAGUGGUUUUUUUGUUCGUUCGCUUUGCUGUCGCGAAAAGUAGUUUGCCGUGGAAUCGCCAGGGGUGAUGUGUGCGAGCGUGUACGUGUGAAUGUUCGCGCAUAUGGCAGCUGGUCGUGUGCUGUGUGAAGCGAAGAAGAAGCAGCAGAAGCAGCAGCGGCAGCAGCAGCAGCAGCAGGAAAUCUACCGACAUCGAACCACAUCAUGCUAGGGGUGCGGAAGGUGUAGAGAAAGUGAACGACGAGUGUAGAAUCGCGGAGCCUCUCCACAACUACAUCGAACACGCGAGGUGACAGUUGCUGCUUCGACUACUACGGAUACAGGCCUGUGGUGGACGAUGGGAUCUUGAGCGAGGACGAGCAUCAUAGAGGCAGAGGAAAGAGGAUGCGCACACAAUGUUUCAUCUGGCAACAAAGUAGUUGAUCGACGCGAUUGGCAAUUGACAAAAGAUGCAAUGCUUUGUCAGCUUCGCAGAGAUCGAUCGCAGCCUCGCUACUACCUAUCCAGCAGGUAAUCGCUUCCAGAGCAGCAGCAGCAGCAGCAGCAGCUUUGAUUCGGCUUCCCCUGCCUACUACAACCACUACAGCAGUAGCAGCACCAGUAGCAGCACCAGCAGCAGCAGCACGGCUCACUACGAUGAUGCAUCGGAAAAAGCGAAAGUGUAGGCUUACUUCUUGAAUCACACCAACAUCUUCUGUGCCUUAUCUCAUUUGCGAAACGCAAACCUACAAAGAAGAAGACGACGAAGCAGUAGAAGUAGAAGCAGACAACAUCCUCCCCAUGGUUGAUAGAAUCGAGCCGCCAAACGCGCUCGCCGGACCACCACCCCAAACCCGUUCGUAGCAGAAAGUGUCGUGGAGCGAGGAGGAUCAUCCAUCUACAAAUCAAAAAGCAUAGUAGCCGUGACUCCAGCGGCGUACAAAAUUAAAGGGUUAAUUACGCACAUACCACACACUCACACGUACAAACAGGAAAAAAGGGACAGCAGUAAAACGAACAAUCAACUAAAGUCAAUCAUUUGGUGCGAUAAAUAUUUGGUGUGUAAGCGUGGAAACCUUUUCCUUCCACGAAGAAAGGAAUAACAGACAGGUACGCCGAAACAGUGACGUGGAGAAGUUGUGGAGAAGGGCGGUUUCCAAACUAGCAAGGACAUUUUCAGGACGUUUAAUUGCGUGGACAUAUAUCCGAUGUAAAGCAGUAUAUCUUUUGUUUUAAUUAAUCGUCGCAAUUCGUUACUGGACAGGAUUUGGUAGUAAGGAUCGGUGCAAGAACGUCGGUGUGUUAUCGCGACAACUACGAUCAAAGGCUACCUUCAGCAGGAUCCCGGGGAGGGCUCAAGAAAAGCUUCUCCCUCCGAAGAGCGCUAAAACAACGAAUCGAGUUUUGUGUUGAUCCUGUUAAGCUAGUUAAGGUGACGACACUUUGGUUUUGGUUGCGGAAAAACGACGACGACGACGACGACGAUCACCGGAUGGAACCGGGAGUAUAGUACCGAGCGACGGUGGAGCAAGAAUCGAACAUACGUCCGACAAGCGAUAUAAAACCCGUAGUACAAGAAGCGCCUGUCGUAGACAGGUGUGUGAUUAGUUUGUAAAACAUUAGAGGGAGUGAAUUUGGAAACACACACUUCGCCAUUAAACAGGGGAUAAAAUCCCCUUGCAGUCUGAAGAGAUAAGUAAACGAUCGACGGUCGAUCAACCUGAAUAUCCCAUCGCCAUCCCAGUGGGUAGCAGCUGUGCGGCAGACGAGCGUGCAUGACGAGAUACGGGUGGUACAUACGUGCAUAGCGCGACGUUGAACCCUAAAAUAGGAGAAGAAAACGCGAUAGUGGGACGGUUUCGUACGGGAAGUGAAUAGGUGAGAAUGGAUGAAUCGCAACAGACUCAGGGCGAAGGACAGCAGAAGGAACAACAGCAGCAGCAGCCGCAAGGAUUUGUCACGCAUUGCGCAGUGGCGGACAAUACGGCCCCGCUAACGGUGGAUGAGCUCGCGUACGAGAAAGAUGACGUUGUGCACGUGUGGAUGCCACCGACGACGAAACCUCAGACGAGUGCAGCGGCCGGUGCUGGAGGAUCCGGUGCCGCCUGGUACAAGGCGACAAAUGUGCGCACCAAGCAAACGGGUUACGUACAGUUGCAUCAAUUCACGUUGACCGACCCUACCCCGCCAUACGGCGUGUAUCUUCUGUCUGGUCUCACCGGAUCCAAGCAGCAAGUGUCCGGUAGCUCCGGUGCCGGUGGUGGAGCUGCCCAGUGUGUUUCGAUCGGGUGCGCCUGCAUUGGCGCUGCCGGCCACCAGCUGCAGCAGCAACACCAGCAGCAGAUUACCGAUGUCUUUGGCGGACUGCGACUCGGAGGAAAGGAAGCUGCCGAGGCCGCCGCGUCCGGCACUGGUACGACACCGGAAGAUCUCUACGUCAAGUGCGUCACGCCGGGCACGGACCGCGAUGAUCCAAGCGAAAUAAAAUCGAGCAGCAAAGCUCACGCGACUGAAUUCGUGUACUUUGUAACUCCCAUUAUAUGUUUGUUUUGCCGAGAUUACAUCUGGGGUCUUGGACGGCAAGGAGGACAGUGUAGAAACUGUUCAGCAUGUUUCCACUACAAAUGCCUCCCGCUAGCCAUCUAUGGGCCGUGCCAAAGAAAUUCGGAAAUUUACCCGAACGUACCGCCUACCUACAAGACGGAAAAGUCAAUUAACGAAUGGACGACGGCAAAUGUGUUGGAAUGGUUGGCCGCUGUGAAUAUGUAUGACCACGUGGAGGUAUUCAAAACGAAAGCUAUAAAAGGCUGUGAUUUACCGAAUUUGGAUCGUGAUAAGCUUGAACAAAUGGGUAUUAAGAAUGAAUUCCAUCAGCAAACCAUCCUGACGACGAUCAAACAUCUCCUGACGAGCGCCGAGAUGACGGCAACCCUUCCGGCGGUGGUGGCCGAACUAGGUGCGCCGGCUGCUGCGGGCGGUACCGCCACUACCGGCACGACGCCAGACCAGCAACAGUUGCACCACCAGGGUCACAACCUCAUCGAUGGUUCGUUUUCGAAGCAGCAAAAAUGUGAUAUGUGCAAGCAGAUCCUGUUCGGACUGGUCCACCAGGGGUUGUUCUGCACCCAGUGCAAUCUGGUCGUCCACCGGCAGUGCUCGGUGACGGGCUUAACGCCCUGCAGUGCCGCUACCCACCAGCUCCAGCAGCAGCAACAGCACCAGCAGCAGCAGCAACAAUCGACCGGUGCAACCGGAUGGCUUCUCUUGCAGCACCAAAUGCUCCAGCAGCAGCACCGGUACGUCUUCGCCAAGGGUCUCUGCCUGCAGUUCGACGCGACGCAACAGAAAGCCCCACAGAUCGUCAUCGAUCUGUGCAGCAGCCUCGAGCGCAUGGCACAGCAGAACACCAUGGUCGAUCUGUACGUCAUCUACCGGACGACGCCGCCACGGUAUGACGAUGUGAACAAGCUACGCGACGCGCUGAACGAGAAUCUACUGAACAUCGAUCUGAACGGCUACGCGCCGGAAUGCGUUGCGACGGUCCUUAAGAAGUUCUUUCACGAGUUGCCGGACCCGGUAAUACCGGUCAUGCUGUACGAGUCGUUUAUUGAAGCCUCAAAGCUGGGCGAUAUGCAAGCGGCCGAACAGAUGCAACAUCUGAUCCAGGAGAUGCCGAUACAUCACAGCAAAACACUCCACUACUUCAUGCAGCACCUGAUUCGCAUUUGCCAGCUGCAGUUCAAGCGCGGAAACAAACAGCAGCCGACAAUGUUGCUGCAAAACUGGUGCCAUAUUCUGAUGCGACCGGCAUGGGAGAGGAUUGUGCAAUUUGUGGGCAAUAUCAAGAACCAUCUGAGAAUCUUGGAGAUUCUCAUGUACAAACUGAACUGGAACGAACCGUUGCCCGAGUUCCUCUCGAUUCCGGCCGUACCGCCACGCAAAACGUCUCGUACGAGCAGUGGCAGUAGCGGCAGCGGAAGUGGUGGCCCCAGUGGAAGCGGAGGUGUCACGAAGAAGAUGCUCAUCGCAUCACCGGAGGGUCCAGAGUACGAGUAUACUGGUGGUAGCAGCAGCAGUACCCUUACCAGGGCCGGUUCCUCAUCGCUAUCGGGUAGCGUCGUGUACGGUUCGAUUUCCAUCGGUAGCGGCUCACAAAUUAUGGCCAGCCGCACGCUUCUUACCGACCCGGACACACCGGCUGAGCUGCGCGAAGCGGAAUGGUACUGGGGUAAGAUUUCGCGCGAUGUCGCGAAAGAGAAGAUGAUGGACGCACCGGAUGGGUCUUUCCUGGUGCGCGAUGCGAUCAGUGACGCGGGCGAGUAUACACUCGUGCUGAAGAAGGACGGUGCGGAUCGGCCAAUUAAAAUCUACCACAAGAAUGGGCUGUACGGGUUUACGCAGGAGGGCACCUACAGCAGUCUUGUGCAGCUGAUCAACGAGUAUCGGACGCAUACGCUCAAGGAGUACAACACGAUCCUGGACAUUUGCCUGCUGCAUCCGAUCUCGCGCUUCGAAGACGACAUCUACCCGACGGAGGAGGACGUGCACCAGCUGGCACAGAACCUGUACGAGACGAUGCUACGGCUGGACGCGAUGCACCAGAAACGCGAACAGCUCAGCGAGGAGUACAACCAGGCGCAGUCGCACCUGGAACUACGCAAACAGGCCCAAGAAGCGUUCAUCGAGGCCGGCAAGCUGUUCAACGAGCAGCUGCAGAUCCACACCCAGUACGAGAAGGAAGCAGAGGCGCACGAAAAGUGCAGCCUGAUGCAGAAUCGCACACUCAUCGAACUGCGUUUGGACGAGCUGGACCGAUGCAAGCGCACGCUGGUCGAUGGCAUGGAGAAGGAGAAGGAGCAUAUGCGAGAGCUGCAGCGCGUCCAGAUUAAGCUGAAACCGGAGAUCCUCGACCUGACCAAGCAGAAGGACCAGUACCUGGAGGGGCUCAAACGGCAGGGCAUCUCCGACAGCCAGAUCAAGCAGAUCCUCCAGGACGGGUACCUUUCCGCCGCGAGCCAGACCGCCCAGGAGAUGCCGCAUAUGGACGAUACGACGUGGCUGCGGGAGCGCUUCUCGCGCCAGGACGCCGAACAAGUGCUGGCCGGCAAACCGACCGGCACGUUCCUGAUUCGAGCACGCAGCGCCGGCCAUCACGCGCUCUCGAUCGCUUGCAAUGGGUGCGUGAACCACUGCAUCAUCCAGAAGACGGAACGUGGCUAUGGUUUCGCGGAGCCGUACUUUAUCUACGACUCGCUCAAGUCACUCGUCGUCCAUUACGCGACGAACUCGCUCGAGGAGCACAACGAUCUGCUGCAGACGACGCUCAAGUAUCCGGCAUUUGCACCGAUCCCCCCGGCCACCGGCAGUGGUGGCAGUGGUGGGGGCAACGGUGGUGGCAGUGGCCCGUCAUCAUCUUCAGCCUCCUCUACCUCGCGGCAGCAACAAACCGGCGGCGGGCAGAUGAACACGUUUGCACCCUAGUAGAGUACUCUUAGCCUCUGCUAAGAGUGGAGUCAAACGAACUGGACCAGGAACAGGACACCCAACACCUUAGGUGCAACGGCACACAAACACACACACACACACGAACCUCCUAGAGGUAGUUCCGGUCGCCGGUGGCAUCUGCUGAUAUAUUCUAGAUAUAUCCAUCUAUGUGUGUAUGCUUAGGGACACCAACUUCAACAGGGAACUAGGGACCCCCUACGGUGGGUUUAUAAUUGCCUCCUUCCCGUUGUUUUAAUUACUUUUAUUAUUACUAUUAUUUGUUGUUGUAUUGUGUUGCUUUCCAUUCGGGUACUACUCAGUAAUUAAUAUUAGGUAGGCAUGACAGUGUGAGCGCGAAAGUAUAUAUAUAUAUACUAUAUAUGUAUCAUUUGAAAGUACGCCUGUGUGUGUGUGAGAAAGAGAGAGAGAGAGAUAAUGUGGGUGGUUGACAGCGAGUAAAAGUGGGUAAAUGAAAAAAAGGAAAUACCACACAACAGCUUGCCUUUUCCCGAUCUUUCUUGUAAAAUCCUCAAAAGUUAGUCAGUCAUUUAGAGUUGAAAGGGGCGACAAUUUAGUUGAAGUUUUUAUUACAAACCCUUCCCUUUUUUUACUUUUGUUUUUAAAGUGUUCUACUCGAUUUUAAUAUGAAUAGAAGAGGAAGGAAAACCUA